AUGGCAGCGGCACCCACCAAGGACUCGCUACUGCGUCUCUACUCCUCGAUGUUGCGCACGUCGCACUCGUUCAGCUCAUACAACUUCCGGCAGUACUUCGAGCGCAGGACGAGGAAUGCAUUCCACGAGAUCCAGAACGAGACUGAUCCGGCCAAGUUGUCUACGUUUUACAAUGAUAAGACGAAGGAGCUCGCAGUGCUGAAACGCAGCGCGAUCGUGAACCAGCUCUAUGGUGGAUGGCGGCUUGUGGUAGAGGACCAGAAACCUGAGAGGGGGAGGAGUGAUUCUUAG